AUGUGUCAGUGAGGUAGUCGCGUUCAAAAUGAAACAUGUUCAGAGUUUCGUAACUCUUGGUAGCCGAUUUUCCUGCCCGAUGUCAAUACUGUCGUAACGCAACAUCGCCCUUGAGACAUUUUACAUAAAUCUCGUUUCAAAUUCCGUGCAGCGAAGCGUCAGUGUCGCUCCCGAACAACUAUUACAGAACCUGAAUGACGAAGACCGUUGCGUGUCAUUGCACCGGUAGAAAUGCGUUUUCUAACGGAUGACGACAUCCUAUUUACUUACGAUCUUGUCAGCGUUUCAAAAAAGCAAAACGUAACUAAUUAAUAGUUUCCAUCUAACCGAUCAGUGACACGAUCUUUGGCACGAACAAUAAUGUUAAACUCGAUUGCAACUUCUUCCAGCAGUGGAUCGUGGAAGGGGAAAGGGAAGGGGGAAAUCAUAUAAAUCAGAUAUUAAGGGAAAAUUUGCAUUGUACGGAUAUCUGUUUAAAUCGAAACUACAAAUAUGGACCAAACAUCCGAGGCAUUAGAAAGCACAAUAUACGUAACGUAUGAAUUAAUCUACAAAACAAGGAAAAAUUGCACAAUCAUGUCUGUCUACGGAAGUUGCAUAUACAAAGUAAUCAAGUUACUGGUUAUGUUAACUCUUCAACUACUUCGAAUAAGCUGGUUCCACCGUUAUUUCAUCAUCGCGUACAACUCUGAUCGUGUUCGGAAUACUGGCCGUGGCCUUGUCUUCGCCGGUGCCAGGCUACCACGGUUCACACCACCACGUCCGCAUCCACGUGCCUUAUCACGUGCACACGGUCCAUCAUCAUCAUGUGAAGAAGAUACCCGUGCACCACGUCGAGAAGGUGCCGGUGCCCGUACCGAUCCCCAUCCAUCACGUGCAGAAGGUGCCCGUUCCGGUACCUGUUCACCAUGUCGAAAAAGUUCACGUGCCGGUCCCUGUCGUGGAGAAGGUUCACGUGCCGGUACCUGUUCACGCGGAGAAGGGAUGGUGGUAGACGGGAGCGCUCAGCUUUUCGGCUUGUUAUUAUUUAGGUUGUAAAACGAGGGCAUUCGAGUCGCUAGAAUCACUGUACUUACCAUCCACGCAGACCAAAUAGUUCUGGGACAUGAUCAUUCGUACUAGACGAGAACAGAAGCAGAGAAUAAUAGUACAAACCUAGCUCGCGAUGCCUGCAAUUAGUCACUUAAGUAUGUAAA